AUGGAUGCAAUGGGUUUCGAGGUGGUCCCUGCACCCUCGCUGCUCCCCGACGCCGCCGGCUGCUACCGGAUUUCUGGGCUUCAAAGAAAGCCCCUGGCCUUCCCGGGAGUUCGCAAAGAUUCGAUCUUCCGCUUCGGGAAGCAUCUGCAGGGCAGCGUCCCCGUGGCCUCGCUGUCUGGCGGCCACCUGGGAGUCUCUGCGCCGAGGAUUUGGCUCGAAGUGGGGUGCAACAACUGGGAGAUGUUACUCGAGAGCCUCCCGGAGGACGGUUCCGUCUUUCUGCUCACCUUGGAGCCUCUGGUGGACAAGUUCGCUUUUCUUCGGGCCCUCCGUCGGCCCCAUCACCUGGUGCUACCCUUCGCUGUGGCCCCGAAGGUCAUGGGCCACUUCUCCGCCAUCCGCUCCCAGAACUACAGAGAGUGGCGCCAGUUCUUUGCUAAGCUACGCCUCUGGGCUCCCCGACUGGACUUUAGUUUCUUUCUCAAGUUUACCCAUAGGUUCCGGGACCAUCAGUGGGAUGGAGCUGAAGCCCAGUAUGCCAACUUCCGAGAGUAUUUGGUUCCCACGGUGUCUUUGGAGUGGAUUGUCGGAGCCCUGCUCGGCGACCGCGAGGUCGAGUUUCUGAAGAUCGAUGCUCAGGGCCUGGACUUUGGGGUCUUCGCAUCUCUGGGGGAGUUCACGGAUCGCGUUCGGCGUGUGCAGAUGGAGCUGCACGAACACAUCAGGCACGACGGCGAGACACCGUGCAGCGAGGUCGUCCAAGCCAUGGCUUUGAAGCAUGGCUUCGUGGCGGUGAAAGGCGCAUGCGCGACCUUCGACCCGAAAGUGCACGAUGAGACAGACAUCGUUUUUGCAAAAGCGGCCGUCUUCUCCAGUCUAACAUAG